AUGAAACUCGCUUUAGGAUUCGUAUUAAUCCUGUUCUUGUGCUCGUUGCAUGGGCGAUCCACGGCCCAGAGCUGCGUCGACGAGGCGUUCUCCGGCAACAGGAGUUACAGCUCCUGCAGCUCCCUCCCCUACCUCAACGCCUCCCUCCACUGGACCUACCACCCUUCCAAUGCCAGUCUCGACGUCGCCUACCGCGCGCUCCAGUCCUCCUCCGGCUGGGUGGCGUGGGCCAUCAACCCCACCAGCAGCGGCAUGGCCGGCGCCAACGCCUUCUUAGCUUUCCCCAACCCCACCACCGGCGCCACCACCGUGUUCACCACUCCAAUCUCCAGCACCGGUCUCAUCCCCAGCGACGUCGCGGACGGGAACUUGACCUUCGCUGUGUACGGCCGGGAGGCGGAGUACUCGAGCGCCGGCGGGUACUACACCAUCUACGCCUCAUUGGAGCUGCCGGGGAAUGACACGCAGCAGAACACGGUGUGGCAGGCGUCGACGACGUUCUCCGACGGCGUGCCUUAUGGCCACCGUUUUAGUGGGGAUAACGUGUUGUCCUUAGCCUCCUUGGAUUUUUCGGUUCAGGGAGGCGGCUUGACUAAUUGA